AUGUCCGCCAUCACACUCUUGUUCGUAGUCAUCUACGUGUUUGGCUUAAUGUUCAUGCAGGGCUUGCAGUCGUAUAUUGUUAGAGACAACGCCGAUCCAUUGGUAGUUCUUCAACUGGAGGCUUUUUUUGGAUCCCCAGCUGACACCUUAUUCACUCUGCUGAACGUUAUCACUGGUGGAGAUUGGGAAGACGUGGCCACUACGUUGAGGGACAUCGAACCCUCUUACCAGUGGUUUUUCUUAGCGUACAUUACGUUCACUGUUCUUUGUAUCUUGAACAUUCUCAACGGAGUGUUCGUUACCGUUGCCAUCGAAUCCGCCCAGACGAACAAGGAGUUGGCUAUCCAGAGUACCCAAUACAAGACUAGGGCUCUCAUAGAACAGAUGGUGGAAUGGUUCAUCGAGGCAGACAAAGACAUGUCAAACAAGGUCUCUUAUGAGGAGCUGCACGAUCUCAUGCGAGACGACAAAGUGCGGGCUUUUCUGCGGGCCCACGGCAUUGAUGUCGCGAGCACUGCCCAGGUAUUCUUUCUUCUGGACCGGGACGGUACUGGGGAGAUCGAGCCUGAAGAAUUUGUUGACAAUUUGAUCCUGCUGCAGGGUAGCGCGAAGGCUCUUGAUUUAGCAUCAUUGCGCGUGGUCUGCGAUGACUUGACUCAGAAGUUUGAUGAUCUGGAUGACAUGAUGCGUAGACAUAUCGUUGGCCUGGGCCCACCUGCUACUCCGUCUCGCCGUCAAGCAAAGAUUCCUGGCGGGCUCGGGUGUGGACUUCGGCUUGGAUGGGAUGGGCCAGAAGACGACCCAACUUCGUCAAGACCAAACAGUUUUGGGCAGCCGAUGUCUGUAAGCAGUAUGUUCUAUCGCCAGGUGACCAGGUGA